UUUAAAAUCAAAACGGAAAUAAUCAUUUUAAAAAGUACAAAAAACGUGUUGUUACCCAUACAAUUGCACACCUUAAACAUGUUCAAAGACUCUGUCAUUGUACAUAUUUUUUAUAGACUAAAGGGUGUGUCUGUAAGACUAAAGUACUCUAGUUCUUAGGGAUGGAUAGACGAUAUUGUUACAAAGAUUUGCUACCAUUUGUGGUUCUUGUUGGCAAUGAAUGCAUGAUAACAGGAGUAAACACUUUGUUCAAAGCAGCAACUUUGCAAGGAAUGAGUAAAUAUGUGUUUGUUACUUAUUCUUAUACUUUUGCAACUAUCUUCUUCUUUUCUGUCUAUUUUUUCUAUAGAUCAAGAGUGGUUCCUCAACUCAGUUUCUCCAUCUUAUCUAAAAUUGCUCUUCUUGGAGUCAUUGGAGGUUCAGCUCAGAUUUUGGGGUAUACUGGCAUCAGUUACAGUUCUCCUACACUUUCCUCUGCAAUUGGAAAUCUCAUUCCUGCUUUCACCUUCAUUUUAGCUGCCAUUUGCAGGAUGGAAAAGCUAGCUAUAAAAACUAGAACUACACAAGCUAAAGUCUUGGGAAGCAUUAUAUCAAUAUCAGGUGCAUUUAUAGUGACUUUCUACAAAGGAAAAUCAAUUAUCAUUGCUCAUAAUUCCUCUUCCUUUCAUCUUCAACACUCCUCAAAUGGCAUUCUUACAUCAGUUGAUAUAAAUUGGGCCAUUGGUGGCCUUUUGCUGAUAGUAUCCAAUAUACUAAUUACCAUAUGGUUCAUUGUUCAGGCAGAAAUCAUGAAGGAGAUUCCAGAUGAACUAACUUCGGUCUUCUUUCACAACUUAUUUGCAGCCACUUUUGCUUUUUGCGUAGGUUUAUUAGCAGAGACAAAUAGUAGUCUUUGGAAGAUAAGACUGGACAUAUCAUUGAUCUCUAUUGUCUGCACCGGAAUAUUUGGCAAGUUCAUGGGUAAUGCAAUAUAUGCUUGGGCAAUACACUUAAAGGGUCCUGUAUAUGUAGCAAUGUUCAAGCCGCUCUCAAUUGUUAUUGCUGUUGUCAUGGGUAUGGUGUUCCUCGGUGAUACUCUUCAUAUUGGAAGUAUAGUUGGAGCUACAAUAAUCUCAAUUGGUCUUUAUGCUGUAUUAUGGGGAAAAGCAUCAGAAGAGAUAGAGGAAGAUGUUGGUACCUUGGAGUCACCAUCUACGGAGAAUGUAGCUCUGUUGCAAAGUUACAGAACUGAUCAAACUUUUGAAAAGAAAACAGAUAGGAAUGUUUAAAAACACGGUCAUCAAAUCGAGAUUCAAUCAUGAAUCAAAAGCCCUAUACAUCGAAUCAUGUACAUUUGUGACGCACAAUGAAAGUAUAACAUUUUAAGUGAAAACAAGUGAUAUAUUCAAACCUUGAAGAAAUAGGUUGAUUGUACAAAGUUGUCAAAAAAAAGUCAUAAAUCAAAAUGGCAAAAGAAAUAGGUUGAUUGUACAAAAUUGUAAAAAAAAAAAAGUGUGGCCGGCUGCACGGGUUUAAUUUAAGGGAAACCAGUAGUUCAUAUGAAUUUAUCGAGAUUCAUGUGUAAAAGAAAUACGUAGGACAAUUAAUAUUGACUUGAUUUCGAA